UUCCGUCGUUUGGGUCCUUUAUACUUGCUUUUUUUGUUGACUUUAAAUUAGUUAUAUUAACGUGCAAUUGUGCCGAGAGUUYGCUUGGACUGCAGAGCACACAUGAAACAUUGGUAAUUAUUAAAACUGUUUAGAAUAAGUUUAUUUCAACAAACUGGAAAUAGGCAAGACCGAAUCUACACCACAAUGCAUCGCAAAAUACUAAAAACGUUCAAUUAAUUAGGUGCUGCGUUCAAGUACAGUCUGAAAAAUGUUCACUUGACUUUUGAACCAAUGUUUUUAAACGCAUUUUGCUUUUCAAAAAAGAAAUUCAAGAUGUAAGUGCAACCUUCAAUGUGUUUUAUUUUAAAGGAUUGUAAAUCCAAUUUAAAACCCAGUCGAUUUGCUCUUCAAAUUCAAGACAAUCGGUUAAAGUCUCCAAUCUUCAAAUGAUAGUAAAUUAUGUUUUACUUCUGUACAAAAACUCAAAAACUUAUUUUAACUACAUGCAAUAACAGGAUAAAACUGUUUAUUUUGGUCAGUAUUAAAUAAAAACAGGCACAUUUUAAUCAAAACGUGAUAUUUAAUUGCCUGUCUCGCUCAAGGGGCUUUAGAAAUCCCAGUUUCUUUGAACUCGCCACAGAAACUACUUCCUGUUAGCAACCAAUCCGAGGACGCCUAACGGUUUCUAGGGCGCUGAUGACAACAACCUGGGAUGCGAAACGAUCAAAUGAUUUUUAAAGACUAUAAACCUACAUUUUUAAUGUACUAAUUGCUUGUGCUUAGUGAGUCGUUUCUAAAUAGCAUUGAGAGUUUUACAGGUGUGCAAGCUAGGCUAACUUUCUUGACAAAAAAAAUACCUUUCCCAUUAGCAUUAGCAUUGCUGGCUAACAACCUAGCGUUUGUGUGAGCGACAUCAUAUCAUAGACGUUUCUGAACUUCCAACAUGAGCGAGCAGCUGAAGUUCAUCGUUGAACAGCUUAACAAAGAGCCAUUCAAGAAAAGUUUCAACCUCAUCACGUUUGACUCGCUGGAGCCCGUGCAGCUCCUGCAGGUUUUAAACGAUGUCCUGACUGAAAUAGACCCAAAGCAAGCCAUAGACAUCCGAGAAGAAAUGCCUGAACAAACAGUGAAGAGAAUCAGCUCUCUGCUGGGGAUACUCAAAUACAAACCUGGACAUCAGUCUGAUGUGAGCAGCUUUAGACAGGGUCUGGUGACUGGCAGCAAACCUGUGGUUCACCCUAUCCUCCACUGGCUGCUGCAGAGGGUCCCAGAGCUGAAGAAGAGGGCGUACCUGGCCCGUUUUCUGGUGAAGAUUGAAGUACCUGCUGAGUUUUUGCAGGACGAUGUCACAAACGACACCUAUCAUCAGUAUGAAGAGCUGGUGGAAGGGUUUAAGACGUACCAUAAGGAGUGUGAACAUCUGAGGACUUCAGGCUUCUCCACUGCAGAAAUCAGAAGGGAUAUCAGCACCAUGGAGGAGGAAAAAGACCAACUGAUCAAACGUGUGGAGAGGUUGAAGAAGAGGGUGGAGCCGGUGUCCAAUCAUCCGCAGAUGUUGGAGCAGGCCAGACAGCUGCGAGUGGAGAAGGAGAAGGAGGAGUCCCUCGCUCACCAGAAGAAAGAACAGAAGAAUCAGCUGUUUCAGGCGCAGCAGAGGCUGCUGAGGUCGCAGCAGCAGCUGAAGGACUUGCACCAAGCAGCAGCAGACGCUAACCCAGAGAGUUUAAUGAAGAGGCUCGAGGAGAAGGUCAAGAUCAACCAAUACAUGGUGUCAGAGAAACUUCCCAAAGAGCUGGAGGGCCUGAGGCGCACGGUGCAGUACCUUCAGAAAGUCUCCUCAGAGCCUGCCAUGGGCCAGGCUGAGGUCCAGGAGCUGGAGGACAAGAUUAGAGAAYCUGACUCUCAGAUUAACCAGCUGAUUGAGAAGAGGAUGAUGAGGAAUGACCCCAUAGAUGACAAAGUGACCUCUUACAGGCAGCAGGCUUCUAUCAUCUUCCGAAAGAAGGAGUCGAAAGCGGAGGAGCUUCAGGAGGCGAGGGAGAAGCUGGCUGCUGCAGAGAGGGAGCUGAAGCAGAGGAGCAGCCAGUCACAAGGCUCGUACGGAGAAGAAGUCGUCCGUGGAGACGAGUUGAAACGUUUGGUGGGAAAACUGCGCAGCAAGGGAACAGUGAGCAAGAAGAAAAGACAGGAAAUUGCAGAGCUGAAAGCAGAGUACGGAGUUCUGCAGAGAACCGAGGAGAUUCUCAAGCAGAGGCACGAGACCGUCCAACAGAAACUGCAAACCAUGGAGGCUGAGAAGGGCAUCUCUGGCUACAGCAACACUCAGGAGGAGCUGGAGAGGGUUUCUGCCAUCAAGAGCGAACUAGACGAGAAAAAGGGUCGCACUCUGGACGACAUGUCUGAAAUGGUGAAGAAGUUAAACUCAAUGAUAGCAGAGAAAAAGACAGCUCUUGCACCGAUUAUUAAAGAGCUGAGGUCACUAAGACAGCAGCGGGGAGAUCUAAGUCAGGAGUACGAGGAAAAGAAGAAGCAGUAUGAAAGUUGUGCUGCUGGCCUGGAAAGCAACCGAUCGAAACUGGAACAGGAAGUGAAAGCAUUGAGGGAGGAAGUGGCACAGAAGGAAAACCAAUACCAUUACAUAAACUCCAUGUCAGAGAUCACUGAGAUGCAAAUGGAGCGGGUGGCCGAGGAGAUGAAGGCCUACGUGUCGUCGGAUCAACAGGAGAGGAAGAAGACCAUCAGGGACGUGUACAUGAAAAACAUUGCAGAGCAGGAGUUACUUGGAAAGAAGUUACGUGAAGAGCAGAAGCUGGUGAGGGAGAACCACAGCGCCAACAUGGAGCAGAUGAAGAUGUGGCGUGACCUGGAGCAGCUGAUGGAGUGCAAGAAGCAGUGUUUCAUAAAGGCUCAGAACCAGGUUUCUAUUGGUCAGAUCACUCAGGAAGGAGGUGAAGACAGGCUGGUGCUGUGAGGACACGUCUGCACAGAGGACUGUUGGUCUUCAGAUGUGAAUUACUCUCUGUAACCUCCUGUAACAUGUAGUGUUUGUCAGGCUUUGUUGUGUUCAUUUAAAAUCUUUUAUGUUUUGUCACAUGGUUGUUGAGGUUCGCCUGAUAGUUGAAAUCUUUUUUGGAACAGACUACAAACUUCUCAGGUUCUUCUCAGAUCCACACAGUGAAGGACCUGUUCAAGGACAUGUUCUUUUUAAUUUGCCUCCCAUGGGAGACUUUCCUUUUACGCAUCUUUAAGAAUCCACUUCCUGUCAAAAUGUCCAAACAUAUCAGCGUACAAAGUGGUGCACUUGGAGCGUGGCAGUGUCAGCUAUUUUUGGCAGCACCAAUGUAUGACCUUGGGUUGUGAAUGGAAGUACAACUCUGGAUUUCAUUAGGACCUCCACGAUUUUAUUAAAAAUCCUAUUUUUCUGUUUGAUGUAUUUGAUGGGACUUUCCUAAUUAAAGAUGAUUUCACAUUACAGACA